CGCGGUUCAGUCAGCCAGUAACACGUGCUAAAGGAAGUGAGUAAGAGCGUAACAAGAUGAUGCUUUGGAUUAUCUUCUUCAUCUUUAGUCUAAGCAAAUGUGACGCUGGAUACAAAGGUAUAAGUAUCACUUGCGUAUGCAGUACAACACAUUGCCUUGAACAUCGUAUGCAAAACUGCAAUACAACAGGCAUGUGCUUCAGCCAGUAUUUAGACCGGCGCGAUGGGAGCCAUCCUGUAGUAAGAGGUUGUAUAUCAAGUAAAACACCGCUGCUGUGUGAAAACCGGAAACCUGCAAUUGCGAGAGGUUCAUGGCCUGUGCUACUCUGCUGCAAUAGCAACAUGUGCAACCGAGAUGCUGUUCCUACAGCACCCCCGUGGCUCGUUCAAGAUAGCUUAGAAAAUGAAACUUCCAUAAUUCAUAAAGAACAGUUAUCAGGUUUCACCGAAAAAACAAGUCUAAGACCAGCUCCUGUCCUUGCUGAAAUAUCAUCAUCUAAUCAACAAGAAACAGCAAGUGAUUCUUCCUCUUUCUAUGCUCCAACCAAGUCGAAAUCGACGUCUUCCCUCCCUCACAUUGUCAGCCCUGUCUACAUUUCUGUUCUUGUGCUUGGUAUCAUUAGCCUCAUUAUCAUUGGAAUCGUGGCUGCCGUCAUGCUCAAACGUAGUAAUCGAUUCUAUAUAGAACAGUAUGGUGCACUCGAACACCAGCAUGAGCAGGGGUACUUAAAACAGGCCAGAGCGCCCUUCCCACCUCCUGUGCACAUCCACUGUGAUUGUGACUCUGAAGUGGAAUCUCUCAGUCAGUGUUCUCAAUCAUACGUCCACGUCAUGUAUCCAAACAGGAACUCUGACAGCACUUGAUAUAUAGGAUGAUAACUCAUUUGUGAUCAAAUACUACGUGGCACUUAUCAAGACGAGUGAUAUUAUGAAUUGUAUUACCUAACACGUGUUGCUGUUUUGUAAUUAUAAACGCAAUGAAAGCAACAGUUAUUUUAUGAAUUAGAUAUAUUUUAACAUCGUUUGUGCUGGUGCAGCUGAAACUGUGUUUAUAGUUAAUAGAUCUAAAAGAAACCUGUUUGAAAAGAUAAGUGAUAAGCAAUAUUUUGAGUAAAAAAAUUCGCUGUUUAAAAUACAUUUUGCCAAUUUUGCAAAGUGGCAAAUUCAAAUUUUUAAUCACAUUUGAAAUGGUACAUUCAAGUGAACUCAUUGAUUCAAGUUAGUGCUGUUUGAACAAUUUUUUAAAACUGAGCAGAUAUUUAGUUGAAGCAAUAUAUUUAAUUAUUUUCCUAAACUUAAAAUUGUUGCGUGAAUUAUUUUUGAGACAUUAUGGAAAAUACCUACUUUUAGGUAAUGAUUCUGGAUUAUACGUACCUAAGAAUAUUUUCACUAUAAAUUUCAUAUUUUCUAACAGUUGUAUGUAUAGUGAUGAAAUAUUUUAUGUUAAAUAUGUGCUGUUUGUAAUAGUUUGUAACUAAUACAUAAGUUAGAGCUUAAUAUUAGUGUUAUUGUGGUAAAUUUAAUCGAAUGACAUGGAUUUAUUAUAGAAGUCAUUGUAUUAACAGUUUAUUACUUCUUGUAUUUAAAUCCAUAUUAAGCAAUGACCAAUCUUAUAAAUUAAAUAUAUCUAUGCAAAAAAUGAUAAACAAUACAUUUUUGUUAAGUAUAUAAAAUUAUUUUUAGUUUAAAUUUUGUAUAUUUAGCAGUUGUAUAAUUAUGAGAUAUUUCAAGUAUAAGAAACUGCUUUUAUAAUUAUUUAUAACCUCUUCAGGAGUAACUUAUUAUUAAUGUAAUUGUGCUGAAAUGUAGAUGAAUUUUAUGUCUUUGUUACAAAACUUCAUUUCUGUAUUAAAAGUUAUUAUUUUAUGUAUUUAAAUAUAUAUUAAGCUAUGACAUUUUAAUUUAUAACCGAAAUUUAUCUGCGAGAAUCAUGAUUAAUGUGAUAAACUGUAUACAUAGAAGUAAAUGAUAAGAAGGUUGUAUACUUCCUCUUCAUAUGUAUUCUUUAUUUAAAUUCUAAAAGAUCUGUUUGCGUCAAAGGCGGCUAUUUGUAGCAAUACCAGUCUAUUGCAUUGAAGCCAAACUUACUGGAUUAAUUACAUCUCACAAAGUUAGAGAUCCUAUAUGAGAAUGUUUAUUAGUUUCCACAAAUUAGUGACGUUGAUUAAAAAGAAAAAAGAAAAAAAAAACUGCUGAUCAUGCAAUGAUAAUGAAUUAUUUAAAUUUUUGAAUGAUGUUAUUUUUAUAUGGUAUUAAAUAUCCAUGGAAGGUUGUCAUACUAUAGUGUUUAUUAUUAAUGUACUAAUUCUGCACAUCGCGAUCAAUUUUGUUUUAUUGCAAAUAAUAUGUACGGUUUUUAUUCGAUAGAAUUCAUCAUUUGUUUUAGUAUAAUUUGUGAUCAAACAAGGAAUAAAAUGAAGUCCUAAUUAUUAAUAGGAAAUACAUCAUUGAUGACUUUUCAUCUCUUUUGUAAAUGUACAUAUGAGACAAAGUUAACAUAUAUCAUUUAAGUAUGUAUAUAAUGUUUUUGUAAAUAACACAUCUUUUAAGUUAUUAAACAUUUUCUUCAC